AUGGGCGACCACUACGGCUUCUCGUUGACAACCUUCUCGCCUUCCGGCAAGCUGAUGCAGAUCGAAUACGCGCUGAACGCGGUGAAGAAUGGCCAACCAUCAGUCGGGCUCCGCGCUGCUGACGGCGUCGUCCUCGCCACGGAGAACGUCGGCUCGUUGCUGUUCGAGGAUCAACCGAAGAUCGAGAAGCUCAGCAAUCACAUUGGACUCGUCUACUCGGGCAUGGCGCCAGACUUCCGACUACUCGUCAAGAAAGGACGCAAAAUUGCGAUGGAAUACGAGAUGGCCUACGGCGAAGAGAUCCCCACCGUGCAAUUGGUGACAAAGCUCGCAGCAGUCAUGCAAGAAUACACACAAUCGGGAGGUGUCCGCCCCUUCGGUGUCUCGUUGCUGGUGGCUGGAUGGGACAAAGAGCCGGGAAACGGGCGGCCUCUCCUCUUCCAAUGCGACCCCUCUGGCGCCUACUUUGCGUGGAAAGCGACGGCACUCGGCAAGAAUGACGUGAAUGCGAAGACGUUUCUGGAGAAGCGCUUCAACGAGCAGCUCGAAUUGGAAGACGGUGUACACACAGCGCUGCUCACGCUACGGGAAAGCUUCGACGUCGGCAUGAACGAGGACAACGUCGAGGUGGCCAUCUGCAACAAGACCGGCUUCCAUCGUUUGACCAAGCAAAAAGUUAAGGAUUAUCUAGGAGCUUUG